AAGGCCCGCCCCUCCUCGCGCCCCUCCCGGGGCUCGCCGCCGAGCGCGCCUGGCCCCCGCCCGAGCCGGCUCCUCCCCCGCCGCUUCCCCGCACGCCUGGGCGGCAGCGCGCGCCCCGGGGGGGGCGGGGCGGGGAGGAUGGCGACCAAGACGGCCAUGUCCCCGGAGGAGCAGCUGGAGGACCUGCAGCGCCGCUUCCAGCUGCUCGAGGGAGAGCGGAAGGCCACAUACGAGACUGCCACACUGAACAUCAAGCAGAAUAAAGAGAUCAUUUCCCAGAUGAAGGAGGAGAACAAGAAGCUGCGCUCCAGCAUCGCAGAUAUGAGAUUGGAGAAACCCCACUCCAUUGAGCAGCAACUGGAAAAGACGAUGUCCGAAGUGCAGGCCUUGCAGCGCAAGUACGACACCCUCAAGGCAGAGAACGUCAAGAAGAAGUCUCACUAUGACUCGCUGACGGUGAAGUCAAAGGACCUCAAGGUCGGCUCGCAGAUGCACACCAGCGAACGGUCCCCCGAAAUGCGACAGAUCCGCGUGCUUGAGAACCGCCUGGACAAGACGAUGAUCAAGUACAACGAGGCCAUGAGCAUCCGCAAAACCUACGAGGCCAUCGUGAAGAGACUGAAGGAGGAGCGGAUCGGUUUUGACAACCAGCUCGAGGGGAUCGAGCGGACUCUGAAGGCCAAGGAGAGGGACUACGAGGAGUUGCUGCUGCUCUCCCACGACGCCUACCACGCCAAGGAGAUGGCCCAGGCCGAGCUGCACCGCUUCGAGCAGGGAGUGAUGGAGGAGCGGAACCAGCGCGACAAGGAGGUGCAGGAGAAGAAGGCCCUCGUCGAGCAGCGGGUGGCCAUGAACAAGCGCCUCGAGCAGCGCGAGAAGUACCUCAAGUCGCAGCAGGACCUCGACAGGGCCGGCGAGCGCCAGCUCAAGGAGAUGUCUGCCACCUCCGACCUCACCGCGGGCAUCUCCAACGACUACGCCCAGGAGGAGCGCCAGAAGCUGCUGGACUACGAGGAGGCCUUCCACCAGAUCAAGGAGGCCACGGGCGUGAGCGACGUGAACGAGGUGAUCCAGAAGUUCCUCACCCAGGAGGACACCCAGAAGAACCUGUCGAGCCUCACGAAGGAGAACCAGGCCACCAUCGACCGCCUGACCGAGGACUGCCGGAGACUGCGCCUGCAGGUGGAGGAGCUCAAGUUCUCCAGCGGCGGCAGCGUCGGCAGGCGGCAGGCCAUCGACGACUUCGAGACGCACCUGGCGGAGGCGACCGAGAAGUUCGACCGCAACAAGGGGAAGUUCGAGCGUAUGGCGAAGAUUCGGACGGACAUGAAGGCUGGCAUAGACCACCUGGCCGAGAAGCUGGCGCCCAUCAAGCUCCAAGACGAGGUGCCCGUGGAGCUGAGCGACGAGACCGUGGAGGAGGUGCUGCAGGUGUGCGAGCACAAGAUCAGCAAGCUGAUGUCCCUCACGACGAUGGAUGAGAACAUGUCGAAGAAGAUGCUGGACGAGGACCGGUACGAGGAGAAGUUGAUGAGCCAGUCGAUUGCCCGGAUCAAGCUGGCGGACAAAGAGGAGGAGGCGGACGACGACGAGGACGACUUCGAUGGCCCACAGGGCGCAGACGACGAGGACGUCCCGCACCGGAAACAGGUGAAGGGCAAGAGCGAGCAGAUCCUGGAGAAGCAGAAGACCAAGAACGGAAAGAAGGCGAAGGCCGCCAAGAAGAAGGAGGGGGCCUGAGGGCCCCGGCCCGCUUUUCCCUUGCCGCUUAAGCUGCAUGACGCUGGCCUCAAGGGUCGGCGGACUACGUUUCAGUCUUCUUCCAGAAUCCGCCUGUAGCAGAACGUGCCCGACCUGACGCUGGCCCUGCGGCCCUCCGUCUCAUCUGCGGCCGCCUCCCCGUGUGGCGCAGUGCGCGCCCACCUGCGCCAAUCCCGGUCAGGCCCAUCGUGUGCCCAGAGUGAGGUCGGCGUGCGUGCCUGUCUGGCUAAGCCAGGAGGA